CGAGUACACACAUCUAAUAGUUUUUCCAUCGCUAGAAGUUGCAAAAAAAGACGUAUUCAUGAAAAAAUGGAAUUAGCCAAGAAACUAAAAGAAGUUGGAUGGCACCUGACGGAGGAAGGCCUUAAAACUGUGACAACAGCCGUUGGAAGCGAGGAUUUCCGGAAAAUAGUCGAUGAUGCACUGAAUAGAGAUAUUCGAGAUAUAGGCGGUGGUGCACUGCCCGCGAAACGCGAAGAUACCACAUUGCCAGGAAAGAUAGUGCUGCAGGUGCAAAGAGUGCGAAAUAUCGCAGCCCCCAAAGCGAAUGAGGAAUCAAAGGCGGCACCACGCCUUCUUCAGUUAGAUCUGAGUGAUGGUCAGAAUUCCAUACAGGCUCUAGAGCUAGAGUCAGUACCUCAGCUGAAUCUCAAUGUGGCUCCUGGUAGUAAAAUCUUUUUCAAGGCCGAAAAACUUCAACUAAUGCAAGGAUUUAUACUGCUAAAAUCCAGUGAGAUUCAGCUUCUUGGAGGCCGUGUUGAUGCGCUCUAUGAAAAAUGGGAUCUUGCCAGGACCAUGCUGAGAUAUGCUCGCAGUGGUCGGCCCUUGAGCGGAUCCUCGGCCCCGCCUCCUUGGGUGGCAUUUGGCCGAAAAAUCGAUACCACUGCCGAAAGGGAAAGAAACUUUAAGAGCCUUGGCUCGUCGGGAGAUAAGGAUAAGCCGGCGAAGGAAAACGACGAGUUCAAUGCCAUGCGCACCGAGGCCAUCGCCGUGGCCACCAAGGCAGGCGGUAAAAAGGUCUUUGGUGGUGGUGGUCAAAACAUCGUCGAUCACAACGUCAAGAAGAUCCUGGACAAGGGCUUUAGUGAAGAGGAGGCCCGCAGUGCCUUGCAUGCCACUCGAAAUAACUUAGAGCGCGCUCUUUUCAAUUUAAAAAGACGCAAAGAAGCUGGAGGUGGUGGGCCUAUUGAAUCCAUGGGUCGUCCUGGACGUGGAGAUCGUCCGCCGAGAGAAGGAAAACGUGGUGCCAGCGCUAAGGACGAAGCUGAAGCAGCCAAGCCAGCUGCCAAUGCCACUCUGUUUGAUUUCCUAACCAACAAACUGCCCGCCACGGAGACUCCGGCUCCAAGCAUUGCAGAGACAUUUGCUGCCGCUCCAACUGCCCCACCCACUACCAAUCACUUUAAUCCCUUCAAGCAAUACGGAAACUCGAGGUUCAGCGAAGCCGAUAGCAGAUCGUCAGCUGCUGGUGGAGGAGGAAAAUUUGCGGAUCGUUCGAGGUUUGAGAACAACGUAUCGAGCAGCUUUGCCGCGCAUCGUGGUGGACAUGCGGGAUCUUCAAGAGGUGGUGGACGUAACCGAGGUGGUGGCAGAGACGAAAGGCCUCCGAGGGAGGAGAGGCCACCUAGGGAAGAGCGACCACAUAGGGAAGAAAGGCCACCGAGGGAAGAGAGGCCACCGAGAGAGGAGAGACCACAUAGGGAUCGUGGAGGAGGCUUCAACGAACGUGGAGGUGGACGAAAUAAACCGGAGAACACGACUGCUAAAUCCUCUAACCGUAAUGGCCAGGACAAUUCGUCUGCCAAGGCCAAUCCAGAGGUUAAAGCAGAAUCAGAAACAACAAAUGGUAAGGAACAUACUGGCAAUCGUCGUGGAAGCGAUAGAGGCAGCAAUCGUGGAGGCUCCAAUCGAGGGGAGAACGGAAACGCAAAUGGCAACAGGCGUAAACAGCAGACAACAGCCAGCUCCGGAUCAAAUUCAGCAAGUGCACCUGCAAAGGCCUCAAACCAUACUGGAGAGGAUUUCAAUGCCCGUUUGAGCAAAGUAACCGAAGAAACGGCUAAUCUCAAGGUGAGCAGCGCUCCCAAACGAGAAAAUCGACGUAAACAGGGCCAUGGUCAGGCCAAUCGCCAGGCAGCAACGGGAACAGAAACCCAGCAGCAGCAACAACCUGCACAGUUGCCUUCGCAGAAGCCGGAAAAGGCUCAAACUAACCAGAAACAUCAGAGUCAACAUCACAAUCCACGGCAUCAUUCGCAUGCCAACUACAGUCAAUUGGCCAAUGGCUAUACAUACGAUCCUAGUAAGAUCAUGGGUUUCCAAAGCAAGGAAGCCAACGAGUUUGCUAUGAGCCUUCUCAAGAGUCAGGGUGUCACGAUGCCCAACCAACAACAGCAGCAGCAACAGGCAUUGGCACCGACAUCCUUCACUCCAGUUUCAGCACCAGUUCAGGCACAGCCUGCUCCUGUGGCUGCGCAGGCUGCGCCACGGGAACAGUUCGGUAUGACGCCUGGAGACGCCUGGCUGUGGCAGGAGGGUGAUUUGUGCAUGGCCAAGUACUGGGACGAUGGAAGGUAUUAUGAGGCUGAGAUCACUGGAGUGUCGGAGAAAACUUGUGUGGUCUUCUUUAUGGGCUAUGGAAAUCAUGAGGAGGUACUCAAGGUUGAUAUCCUUCCCAUCACCGAUGCCCAGAACAGGCCGCUUAGCCAUGCCCCUCAGCAUCAGCACCACCAUCAGCAGCAGCAGCAACACUCACGCUACCGAGGAGAUCGUCAGGCGCAACAGCAGCAGGUCUAUGUGCCGCCACACAAACGAGAGCAUUGAGACAACAUAAUAACAGCCAGUUUACAACAUAUUUAAAUCAAUUAAAAUGUUUCGAAUAAACAGCUUUACAGUGUAUUCAAACUAA